AUGGUGAAUAUCCCAAAGCUUAGGAGGACGUUUUGUAAGGGCAAAGAAUGCCGGCGACACACGCAGCACAAGGUGACGCAGUACAAGAAGGGCAAGGACUCUCUGUACGCGCAGGGGAAGCGGCGGUAUGACCGCAAGCAGCGGGGAUACGGUGGACAGACGAAGCAAAUUUUCCGGAAAAAAGCAAAAACAACGAAAAAAGUGGUUCUCAAGCUUGAAUGUACCGUCUGCAAACAUAAAACACAGGUGCCGCUGAAACGCUGCAAACAUUUUGAGCUUGGCGGUGAUAAAAAAACUAAAGGAGCAGCACUUGUUUUUUAAACGGGAUAAGUGGUGCAGUAUAGGUAUUAUAUAUGGGGUAUGAUGUUGGGCACUAUAUAUGUAUAAUAUAUAUCUUUUGGAUCUAAUGUCUAUAUUGUUUGUCUUUUGAGCCUAUAUACGUGUAUAAAAUAUAAAAAUACAUGUGCUAUUUGCUCGAAUAGUGAUAUAUGAUGUAUAAAUAUAGCAGGAAACAGUCUUCUAAAGGAGUGGUAGAAUAGUAUUAAAACAAUGCUAAAAUAAUGAAACGAUACAUUCAACACUACAAUGAAUGUUG